AGGGGGCGACAACGGCGGCUCCUCCGCUCUCCUCGCGGUCUCUCUGGGCGCUCGGCGGAAGUGUCAGUAGGCGGGCGAGGAGGCCACCAUGGCGGCUGCGACAGCGCCGGGCUUCGAGCACAUGGGCUUGGACGGGCGGCUGCUGCGGGCGGUGGCGGAGCUGGGCUGGGCCGCCCCCACGGCCAUCCAGGCCGAGGCCAUUCCCCUGGCGCUGGAAGGCCGCGAUCUCCUGGCCCGGGCCAGGACCGGCUCCGGGAAGACGGGGGCCUACGGGCUGCCCCUGCUUCAGCACCUCCUGCGCCUCAAGGCGGCACCCUCGGCGGUGGCGCAGGCGGUGCGGGCGCUGGUGCUGGUGCCUUCCAAGGAGCUGGGGCAGCAAGUGGUGCGCAGCCUGCGGCAGCUGGCGGCUUUCUGCGCCCGCCACGUGCGGGUGGCCGACCUCUGCGCCCAGACCGACCUCGCCGCCCAGCGGCCGGUGCUGAUGGAGAAGCCGGACGUGGUGGUGGGCACGCCGGCGCGGGUGCUGGCACACCUCAGCGCCCGCAGCCUGAGCCUGCGGCACUCGCUGGAGCUGCUGGUGCUGGAUGAGGCCGACCUGCUGCUCUCCUUCGGCUUCGGCGAGGACAUCAAGUCCCUGCUGUGCCACCUCCCCAAGAUCUACCAGGCGCUGCUCAUGUCGGCCACGUUCAGCCCCGACGUGGAGGCCCUCAAGGAGCUGGUGCUGCACAACCCGGUGACGGUGCGCCCGCCGGAGCCGCAGCUACCCGGCAGCUCCCAACUGCGGCAAUUCGUGGUGCGCUGCGGCACGGAGGAGGACAAGUUCCUGCUGCUCUGCGCCCUGCUGAAGCUGCGGCUGCUGCGGGGCCGGGCCCUGCUCUUCGUGGGCACCCUCGCUCGCUGCUACCGCCUCAAGCUCUUCCUCGAGCAGUUUGGCAUCCCUGCCUGCGCCCUUAAUUCCGAGCUGCCGGCCCGCUCCCGGUGUCACGUCAUCACCCAGUUCAACCGGGGCAUCUACGACUACAUCGUGGCCACCGACGAGGAGGCGCCGGCGGUGCCCGCGGAGCAGCCCCCACGCAAGAAGCGCAGGGGUGCUGCCCAGAGCAAGGGCAAGGACCCGGAGUAUGGCGUCGCGCGGGGCAUCGACUUCCAAAACGUGGCCGCCGUCAUCAACUUCGACGUGCCGCCGACGGUUCGAGUCCUACAUCCACCGCCGUGGGGCAGGUACGUGGGGACACGGGGAGGGGACGCGGCGGUGCCCACGGUGGCUGGCGGCCCCCUCGGGUGGCCGUCCCCACCGCCGCGUCCCCUCCGUGCCCGCAGGACGGCCCGCGCCGACAACCCCGGCACGGCGCUAACCUUCGCGCUGCCCGAGGAGCAGGAUUCCCUGGCCCAGAUCGAGGACACGCUCGCCGGAGAGAACGGCGAGUUGAUGCUGCAGCCCUACAAGUUCUCCACGGAGGAGAUCGAGGGACUGCGCUACCGCUGCCGGGACGCCAUGCGCUCCGUCACCAAGCAGGCGGUGAAGGGCCGGCUGCGGGAGAUCAAGGAUGAGCUGCUCAACUCGGAGAAACUCAAGGCGUACUUCGAGGACAACCCCCGCGACCUGCACGUCCUGCGCCACGACAAGCCCCUGCACCCCGCCAUCGUCAAGCCUCACCUCCGCAACGUGCCCGAGUACCUGGUGCCCCCCAGCCUCCGCGGCAUCGCCAAACCCCACCUCAAGAAGCGCAAGUGUCUGCGGCCGCGCCACGCCGGUGCCAACCGUCGGGGCGGCUCGACGUCCCGCGGCACCGGCAACCCGCUGCAGAGCUUCAAGUACGCCCGACGCCGCGCCAAGCGCCCGGCCGCGCCGCCCUCCUGAGCUUCCCCCGGUGCCCCACGGACUCUGCCUGCUCCGGGGAGGGGGCACCGCGGCCGCCUCGCAGCCCGCCCGGCCGAGGAACGGGGUAUCUCCGUGCCGUACCCUGCGGGGCGGCCGUGCCCAAUAAAGGGUGCCAACGGACUGUG